AUGGUGACUCUACAGAAAUUCAAGCUAUUCACAAUGCAAUGCCAAGUGGCAGGAAGUUCGACAAGGAGCCCAACCACCAACCCAGUAAUACACAUCGAUCGGAGAAAAACUCUGAAUGUUGCUCAACCACAACGGAGGUGGGAAGGGAGAAGGUUGCCACCUCAACCUGGGGAUCAGGAACGGACCCAGCACCCGGCCAGGGGGACGACCUCGCCCUCUAUUGUCAGUCGUUUACUAUCCAAACUCUUCACUCCAAUCUCCACUAACCCUUCAGUGAAGAUCUCAAAUCGACGAUCGGCGAGAGGGAAGUUCUUGAUCAAGCUUGUUGUAGAAUAUAUCGGGAGGAGUUUUCAGAGGAUUUGA